AUGGUCACCAUAUGGUCAGCGUCCAAGAUCAGAUCCCGAUUUUUGGAAAAUUGUAAAGAACGUGAUAUAAUGGAUGGAGAACGAUUACCAACCCUAAUCGAAAGCGCUGACGUUGUUGUUGAUAAAAUUGUUGAACAAUCUACUGAAAAUGUAAUUGAUGAUUUUAAUAAACAAAAACAAAAUGAUAAUUUAAAUAUAAAUAAUUGCAUUCCAGAAAUGUCUCCGCUUUUAAAUACAAAUAAUCAACCAAAUACAGCUAGUGUUGAUAUAAACUUUAUUCUGUCAGAAUACAAGCUGAAUUCUAUCUAUUCAUGUUCUUUAUGA